CUAUUUAAGUGAGAGCUGCGCACGUUGCGGCAGUCACUCGACUCUCAGAACUCAGACAGCGCGCAACACACACGAAACGUACGGGCCAAAGACGCUUGACUCAACCUCAACUGCAUGGAAAGCACGCACACACACACAGCCGCACACUAGCACCCACAUAAAUAGGUUCAGUUCAGUUCCGUUUGGUGAAUGUUGUGUUUUUUUUUGUUUUUUGUCGGAGAGAGAGAUACUCCUACUCGAAGUCGUACUCGUACUCGCACUCGUGCUCGUAAAGUGAUAAUAGCACACGCGCCCGCAGAAAAUUAAUAUUCAUCGAAGGUUCCUACAUCAACGCCGCGUCGUGUAAUAAUUACAAAACCGAAAAUUCUCUUUCAAAAGUGCUCGAAAAUGUUUCGCGAGUUGUAGCAGCCCGGACCCAGAUCCAGACCCAGAGAGUUAUACUUAUACCGGGUAUAUACGAAGAAGAAACGAUACGAAGUUUGGCCACGCCAAAAAUAUAACUAUAUUGCGGGAAAGCGGAAAAACGGAAAAGCGGAAAAGAAUAAACUUGAAGGCUCCAUUAGACGCAGCAGCUGAAGAGGAAGUCGAAAAUAUGUGCGCUGACUUUUUUCUGGCCAUCCAGUGGAAUUGAUUUCCUUUCGAUUUCCCCUCCACACCUCUCACUCAAUCACUCACUCACUCUAUAUAUAUGAGUUGUAUAUAGGGAACGGAACCAACCUUCUUCCCAAGUCACACAGAACCAGCAAUUGCUGAUCCACAACUAUGCUGAUCCACUACUACCCCUGGUGCCUGCUCGCCGUGGCCUUCAGCCUGGCCCAAGAACAGCCCCAGCAGCAGCAGCAGCAGCACACGGAACCCCUGUCCACCAAGCACCAGCAGCAGCAAGCCCACUCGAAUGCCAUCAUGGGCGAGGCCGGUGUGUCCAACACCCAGCUUCUGCAGCCCUCCAGUCCGGCCAGGACGCUGCGUCCCCUGUCGGAAGGGGUUCCCGGAGCAGGUGGCUUGGGGGAUCCCGCCCUGUACGAUGCCCCCGAUGAUUGUCACUUCAUGCCCGCUGCCGGCCUGGACCAGCCAGAGAUUGCCCUUACCUGCAACCUGCGGACGGUCAACAGCGAAUUCGACACGACCAAUUUCAGUGUGAUCCCAGCGGAACACACGGUGGCCCUUCACAUCCUCUGCAACGACGAGAUCAUGGCCAAGAGCCGCCUGGAGGCGCAGUCCUUCGCCCACCUGGCGCGCCUCCAGCAGUUGUCCAUCCAGUACUGCAAGCUGGGGAAGCUGGGACGCCAGGUCCUCGACGGACUCGACCAGCUGCGCAACCUCACGCUGCGAACCCACAACAUCCUCUGGCCUGCGCUUAACUUCGAGAUAGAGGCUGAUGCCUUCGCCGUGACCAAGCAGCUGGAACGACUGGAUCUCAGCUCGAACAACAUUUGGUCCCUGCCGGAAAACAUCUUCUGUGCUCUGUCGGCCCUGUCUGCUCUCAAUAUGAGCGAGAACCGCCUGCAGGAUGUCAACGAAUUGGGCUUCAGGGACCGCAGCAAAGAGCCCUCAGCCACAGGCUCAACGGAGUCGAGCUCCUCUACGGAAUCGGUGAAGCGUGGAGCUGGAGCUGGCGGAAGUGGAAGUGCCAACAGUGCCAGCAGCUGCUCUUUGGACCUGGAGUUCCUCGAUGUGAGUCACAAUGAUUUUGUCGUGCUGCCCGCGAAUGGCUUUGGCACCCUGCGACGCCUUCGCGUGCUGGCCGUAAACAAUAAUGGAAUCUCAAUGAUUGCCGACAAGGCCCUGAGUGGCCUGAAGAACCUCCAGGUGCUCAACCUCAGCUCCAACAAGAUUGUGGCCCUGCCCACGGAGCUGUUUGCGGAGCAGGCCAAGAUAAUCCAGGAAGUGUAUCUGCAGAACAACUCCAUCAGUGUGCUGAACCCGCAGCUCUUCUCGAACCUGGACCAACUGCAGGCCCUGGACCUGUCCAUGAAUCAGAUAACCUCCACCUGGAUUGACCGCAGCACAUUCGUGGGUCUGAUUCGGCUGGUGCUGCUCAAUCUGUCGCACAACAAGCUGACCAAGCUGGAGCCGGAAAUCUUCAGUGACCUAUAUACGCUGCAGAUUCUCAACCUGCGCCACAACCAGCUGGAGAACAUUGCCGCGGACACCUUCGCGCCGAUGAACAACCUGCACACGCUGCUGCUGUCCCACAAUAAGCUCAAGUACCUGGACGCCUACGCCCUCAACGGGCUAUAUGUGCUGUCGCUGUUGUCGCUGGACAAUAAUGCCCUGAUUGGCGUGCAUCCGGACGCCUUCCGCAACUGCAGUGCCCUGCAGGACCUCAAUUUGAAUGGCAAUCAGCUGAAGACGGUGCCCUUGGCCCUGCGCAACAUGCGACAUCUGCGCACCGUGGACCUAGGUGAGAACAUGAUUACCGUGAUGGAGGAGAGUGCUUUCAAGGGUCUGGGAAAUCUGUACGGUCUGCGUCUUAUUGGCAACUAUCUGGAGAACAUCACCAUGCACACGUUCCGGGAUCUGCCUAGCCUGCAGAUCCUUAAUCUGGCCCGAAAUCGCAUUGCUGUCGUCGAGCCGGGUGCCUUCGAGAUGACCUCCAGCAUUCAGGCCAUCCGAUUGGACGGAAACGAGCUGAGCGAUAUCAACGGUCUGUUCAGCAAUAUGCCCUCCCUGCUGUGGCUCAACAUCUCCGAUAAUCGUCUUGAGAGCUUCGACUACGGCCAUGUGCCAUCUACGCUGCAAUGGUUGGACCUGCACAAGAACCGCCUGUACGCCCUGUCCAAUCGAUUUGGCCUGGAUGCCGAGCUGCGACUUCAGACUCUCGACGUAAGCUUCAAUCAGAUUCAGCGCAUUGGUCCCAGUGCCAUUCCCAACUCCAUUGAGUUGUUGUUCUUGAAUGACAACCUCAUUACCACCGUGGAUCCGGACACUUUCAUGCACAAGUCGAACCUCACCCGGGUGGACCUGUAUGCCAAUCAGAUAACCACCCUGGACAUCAAGUCGCUGCGGAUUCUGCCUGUUUGGGAGCACCGUGCCCUGCCGGAGUUCUACAUUGGGGGCAAUCCCUUCACCUGUGACUGCAACAUCGAUUGGCUGCAAAAGAUCAAUCACAUUACGUCGCGUCAGUACCCCCGCAUAAUGGACCUCGAGACCAUCUACUGCAAGCUGCUGAACAACCGCGAGAGGGCCUACAUCCCCCUGAUUGAGGCCGAGCCCAAGCACUUCCUGUGCACGUACAAGACGCACUGCUUUGCCGUCUGCCACUGCUGCGAGUUCGACGCCUGCGACUGCGAGAUGACCUGCCCCAGCAACUGCACCUGCUUCCACGACCAGACCUGGUCCACGAAUAUUGUAGAGUGCUCGGGCGCUGGCUAUGCGGAGAUGCCGCGGCGCGUGCCAAUGGACACCACCGAGCUGUACAUCGAUGGUAAUAACUUUGUAGAGCUGGCGGGGCACUCGUUCCUGGGCAGGAAGAACCUGGCCGUGCUGUUUGCCAACAACUCGAAUGUGGCCCACAUUCACAACACAACGUUCAGUGGACUGAAGCGUCUGCUGAUUCUGCAUCUGGAGGAUAAUCACAUAGUCUCUCUGGAGGGAAACGAGUUCCACAACCUGGAAAAUCUGCGGGAGCUGUAUCUGCAAGCCAAUCGUAUUGCCAGCAUAGCGAAUGGCAGCUUUCAGAUGCUGAGGAAGCUGGAGGUGCUGCGCCUCGACGGCAACCGACUGAUGCACUUUGAGGUCUGGCAGCUGAGUGCUAAUCCGUAUCUGGUGGAGAUCAGCCUGGCGGACAACCAGUGGAGCUGCGAGUGCGGCUACCUGGCCCGCUUCCGCAACUACCUGGCCCAGAGCUCCGAGAAGAUUAUCGAUGCUUCGCGUGUCAGCUGCAUCUACAACAACGCCACGAGUGUGCUGCGGGAGAAGAACGGCACCAAGUGCACCCUGCGGGACGGCGUGGCCCACUACAUGCACACGAAUGAGAUUGAGGGACUGCUGCCCCUGCUCCUGGUGGCCACCUGUGCUUUUGUGGCCUUCUUCGGACUCAUUUUCGGCCUAUUCUGCUACCGACACGAGCUCAAGAUGUGGGCCCACUCCACCAGCUGCCUGAUGAACUUCUGCUUUCGCUCGCCUCGUUUCGUCGACCAGCUGGACAAGGAGCGACCCAAUGAUGCGUACUUCGCGUACAGCUUGCAGGACGAGCACUUUGUUAAUCAGAUUCUGGCCAAUACUCUGGAGAGCGACAUUGGGUAUCGCUUGUGCCUGCACUACCGGGACGUCAACAUCAAUGCGUACAUAGCGGAUGCCCUGAUCGAGGCUGCCGAGAGUGCCAAGCAGUUUGUGCUGGUCCUGUCCAAGAACUUCCUGUACAAUGAGUGGUCCCGGUUCGAGUACAAGAGCGCCCUCCAUGAGCUGGUCAAGCGCCGCAAGCGAGUGAUCUUCAUCCUCUACGGGGACCUGCCUCAGCGGGACAUCGAUCUCGAUAUGCGGCACUAUCUCAGGACCAGCACGUGCAUCGAGUGGGACGACAAGAAGUUCUGGCAAAAGUUGCGCCUGGCCCUCCCCCUGCCCCAUGGUCGAGCCAACAACAACAAGAGGGUCACCGGCUGCCUGGCAGCCCGCGCUCCCUCGGCCAACAUGUACUCCUCGUCGCAUGAAUACCAAUCCGGGGGGACUACUGCCGGCGGUGUGCCUGUGCCUCCUCCUGCGGCUCGUCUGGCCGACAAACUCUAUGCGGACUGCAGCAGCAACAACUACGCCACGAUCAACGAGUGCGGCGCCGUGGGCAGUGCCAGGGGCGUGGGCUACAAGCCCAUUCCCACCUCCGCCUCGGCAGCCGCCGCCGCCUGUAAGUUCAACACGAUGAAUCAGCUGUCCAAAAAGCAGCGCGAGCUCAGUGUGGGCGUGGGGAUGGCCAAGACCCUGGAGCACCAGCACCACCAUCAUCAUCCCCAGCAGCAGCAGCAGCAGCAGCAACAGCAUCCGAAUCGCCGGAGUCAGCAUGAGUACGCGGUUCCGGCGUAUGUUCCCAGUGGCGCACCAGCCUACGACAGCGUCGACUACGCCAAGCAGCAGCUCCAGCAGCAGCGCAGCAACUGCGAGUGCAUCAGCCUGGGGACCGGUAAGCGCGUCCUCGCCAAGAGCUCCACAGCCGCCGUGCUGCCUUCCAGCUUCAGCUCCAACUUUGUGCCGCCCCUCGGUCCCACUGGGGUGGCCGGUGCCUACAACUGCAAGAAGCCCUGCAACUGCAAUGCGGACGACGAGCUGGUCUGUGGCUGCGGGGGCCUCGAGAGCGGAACCCAGAGCAGUGUGACGAUGAGCAGCAGCAGCAACAACAGCAGGCAGCCGGAGCUGACGCACUACGAGUCCAAUCUGAGCCUCAACGAGCUGGACGACAACGUCCAGGCCGGCAAGCCACUGCACGAUCUAUGGGCGUAACGGGGAGGCCAGAGCGGCAGGCGGAGGAUGUGGCAGAAGGGGGGAGAUAGGAGGCAGAGACAGACUGCGAAACCAGUGAAUUUAUAAAGAUUUAAUGAGAAACAAAACGAAAACAUACGAAAAUCCAA